AUGGCAGCGCGUGGACGUCGAGCUGGGUACAUCAACUACUCUAUCCACGAGCAGAUGCUCUUGUGCACCAUUGUGGACAGAGUCCUGCCUCUCGGGCGCAACAUGUGGGAACAAGUCGCUGUUCAAUACAACGCGAGUCGAAACCGAAACGCGCCAGAGCGCGACUUCGAAUCCCUGCGCCGCAAGUUCAGGAAAAUGUACGCCAAGCCCAAGCCGACGGGGCGAAAUGGCGAGAUACCCGCUCGCCUCAGGCCUAUCGCGUAUGCUCAAGAAAUCCAAUAUCGGAUCGAAUCUUCGGGGGGCGUUCACACCUCACACGGCGGUCUGGAUGAGGGGGAAGAUGAUGAUCACCUGCUCCAACUGGUGGACCAGGUUACCGGUGGGCAAGUCACUGAUGCCGAGACGGACGGAGAAGUUGGUGAGGACGACGACCGUGAGGAGGCCGACCAAAAUGACGCAGCGGUAGAUCAAGCAUUCGGCAGGGAGCGCGGUGACGGGCGUGCUCCAUCUGGGGAGAGUCAAGUGUGGACGAAUCGCAACGGAGACGAUGAAAUCAACCAAUACGCCCAGCGAACUCCGCCCCCAUCGCCUCCUGUUGUUGCACAAGGCACGAUUAUGACCAGCAAUGGCCCUAUCGACGCGGCUUUUGGAGAAAUCUCGACUUCCCCUCCCCCUCUUUCGUCUGGUGAGGACGCUAAUGCAGAUACCCCAGCCGUUAGCGCCAAUAUCGACCCGCAAGACAACCGAACCCGAUCAUCUCGCGAGGCUGCGGGAGCUAGUGGCGAUGUGGCGUUGGUUGCUGAGGAAGAAGCCACCCCCGACACCCAACGUACCCCCCAAGUCGCACAACGACGUGCUAGCGCCCGCCUUCAUCCCGAGGUCGCCCACGAGGUAGUCGACGCCAACCGCUGGACACCGUCGCUUCCCCAGACGGCCCCGUUCUACUUCGAGACCCUGGACGUGCCCAAGAUGAUACGCGUGAGUAUCACCAGUAAGCGCCUGGGCGGACGCGACAUGCGCGUGCUGCGUGACAACUUCAACACCAUGACUCAGGGCCUCAUGACUUCAGACGGGGGGCCCUCUUCUUCGGAGAGCAACAAAACCGACGGGUCCACCAGCAACGCUUCCUACGCUGGGAACAAGCGAAUCAGUUCCAAAAAGCGGCUCGACCAAAUGCAGCAGGAAAUUGACUACCUGGAGAAGAAGCGGUCGGCGUCAGGAGCGGAGAUGACGCAGAUGCUUGUCUUUUUCCAGCAAGACAGCGAGCGAAAGACUGAAGCUGCAGAGACUCGCAGGCGCGCAGAGCGCGAGGAGCGUUUGGCAGCUGAAAAGGCCGAGCGAGAUGAACGCGAACAAGUGCGUCGAGCGGAUGCUGAAGCAGCCGAGAAGAGACGCCGAAUCGAGCGCGAAGAGCAUGAACGUAUUCGGCGUGCUGAUGCUGCUCUCACGAUCGUGAGGAAGCUCGACAGCGCCACGACCAAAUGA